AUGCCUUCUACCGCGCUUCUAUUCCCACAGAAGCACAUUAAGGCCAUUCCAGGCAAGAUAUACGCGUUCUUCAGGCAGCUCGUCAGCGGAGUGGUUGUAUCCAAGCCAGAUCUAAGUCAGCAUUAUUUUUGUGAAAAUGCGAUGAAGGAGGAAGGCGAAGAUGGAGAAGAUCAGGAAAAGACGGCCACAAGUUUGUUUCCAGAGUCGAACAAUAUUGACCGCUCCUUAAAUGGUGGGUGCUCUGUCAUCCCUUGCUCCAUGGAUGUCAGCGAUUUGAACACACCAAUAUCGAUGACGCUGUCUCCAGAGAAUCGCAUCAAAUGCGAAGUAAAUGCUAUGUCAUUACUAAGGUCCAAACCAGAACGAGAUAUAGGGGCCUCGAUCAAGAUGUCUAAUGGCGUAACAAGCUCUCCGUUAAGCCCAUCAGGCUCCACCCCGGAACAUUCCACCAAAGUCUUCAACAACGGUGAAGAGGAGUUCAUCUGUCACUACUGCGAUGCUACCUUCAGGAUUAGAGGAUAUCUAACGAGACAUAUUAAGAAGCAUGCCAUCGAAAAAGCGUAUCACUGCCCCUUUUUUAGCAGUGCCACUCCUCCCGAUCUUAGAUGUCACAAUUCGGGCGGUUUCAGCAGACGUGACACUUAUAAAACUCAUUUGAAGGCAAGGCACGUGUUGUACCCGAAGGGUGUUAAACCACAAGACCGUAACAAGUCGUCCGGCCAUUGUGCUCAAUGUGGUGAAUACUUUUCCACCAUUGAGAAUUUCGUCGAGAAUCACAUCGAGUCUGGCGACUGUAAAGCUUUGCCGCAAGGAUAUACCAAGAAAAAUGAAAAAAGAUCUGGAAAAUUAAGAAAGAUAAAGACAUCUAACGGUCAUUCUCGAUUCAUAUCCACUUCGCAAAGUGUUGUGGAACCAAAAGUACUUUUUAACAAAGAUGCCGUAGAGGCUAUGACCAUAGUGGCCAAUAACAGUUCAGGCAGUGAUAUCAUAUCCAAGUACGGAAACAAUAAAUUGAUGUUAAAUUCAGAAAAUUUUAAAGUUGACAUACCUAAGAGAAAGAGAAAAUAUAUCAAGAAGAAACAGCAACAGAUGUCCGGAUCAACAACGACAACCAUACCACGGGUAGCUAUAGAAAACAACCAAGAAGUGGCACCAGAUGAGAUUUCAUCGGCCACGAUUUUCUCACCUUUUGACACUCAUCUUCUUGAGCCCGUGCCUUCUAGUUCAUCGGAAUCCUCCGCCGAAGCUAUGUCCCACGAUAAGCAAAUGAAAAAUCUCUUGAUCGAUAUAAACAGCUUUACAAAUCAACAGCAGCAGGCACAAGAUGUCCCUUCGUUCAUGCCACUGGACAUUGAACAAUCUUCAUAUGAUUUAAACGAAGACGCCAUGUCAUAUCCAAUCAUAUCCACACAAAGCAAAUGUGAUAGCCCACAGUAUAACAACACAAAAAUUUCUCAGAUUUUACAGUCACAACUAAAUCCAGAAUAUCUCGGCAAGAAUCAUUUAAGAGAGACGCAACAAUAUCUGGAUUUUUAUAAUGACAAUUUUGGGUCAUAG